AGCUAGCCAGCCGCCUCUCUCUACAGUCGCCACCGCGUCGCCAGCUAAUUGCUGAAGAUGGCGGCUUGUAGACGUGUUCAUUCUCUCCUGCUUUUGUUAUCCUUGUGUAUAUGUGUGUACUUCGUUAAAGCAGGAAAAACACAGGAUGCUGCCAAUGGAAAUGUCGAUAAUAUUGGAAUCCCACAGAAUCAAGGAGUUUUGCCCGUUGCUGCGAAUGCAGCUCCCGGGGCUGUGGCAGCGCAGCCCCGUCGUUCCACCGGCUGGAAGCUGGCUGAAGAGGAGGCCUGUCGGGAAGAUCUGUUGAGGCUUUGUCCAAAUAAGCAUUCUUGGUCAAACAACUUAGCCGUGCUGGAAUGUCUGCAGGAUCAUAAGGAGGACACAGAGCUGGCUCCCGACUGCAAUCAUCUGCUAUGGAACUACAAGCUGAACUUGACGACUGACCCCAAGUUCGAGUCUGUGGCCAUGGAGGUCUGCAAGAGCACCAUCAGCGAAGUAAAGGAGUGUGCUCAGGAGGAGAAGGGGAAAGGCUUCCUGGUGUCCUGUCUGGUAGAUCACCGUGGCAACAUCAGUGAACACCACUGCAAUCAGUACAUCACCAAGAUGACCACCAUCAUCUUCAGCGACUACCGGCUCAUCUGCGGUUUUAUGGACAAAUGUCGUGAAGACAUCAACACAUUACACUGUGGGAGUAUCAACACAGGAGAGAAGGAUGUGCAUUCUCAGGGCGAGGUGAUUGCCUGUCUGGAGAAGGGGCUGGUGACGGAGGCAGAGCAGCAGCCUGGCCACAUUGGCAUCAAGGACGACUGCAAGAAGGCCAUCAUGCGAGUGGCCGAACUCUCGUCCGAUGACUUCCACCUCGAUCGUCACCUAUACUUCGCCUGCCGCGAUGACCGCGAACGCUUCUGUGAAAAUACUGCAGCAGGAGAGGGACGGGUCUACAAGUGUCUCUUCAACCACAAAUUUGAGGAUGGCAUGUCAGAAAAGUGCAGGGACUCCCUGUCCACGCGUCAGAAGCUGAUCGCUCAGGACUACAAGGUGAGCUACUCGCUGGCCAAGGCCUGCCGCGCCGACCUGCGCAAGAACCGCUGCAACCAGGACACCAACAUGCCCCGCGCCCGUGAGGCCAAGCUCUCCUACCUGCUCCUCUGCCUGGAGUCGGUUCUGCACAGAGGUCGGCCGGUCAGUGGGGACUGCCAGGGCGAGAUGCUGGACUACAGGCGGAUGCUGAUGGAGGACUACUCGCUGAGCCCGGAGAUCGUGCUCCACUGCCGGGGCGAGAUCGACGCGCACUGCGGCCUGCACCACAAGGGGCGCACGCUGCACUGUCUCAUGAGGGUGGUCCGCGGGGACAAGGGGCCGGUGGACAGCCUCUGCCAGAAGGCUCUCCAGAGUCUGGUGCAGGAGGCAGACCCCGGGGCCGACUACCGCAUCGACCGGGCCCUCAACGAGGCCUGUGAGUCCGUCAUUCAGACCGCCUGCAAACACAUCCGCAACGGAGACCCCAUGGUGCUGUCGUGUCUGAUGGAGCACUUGUACACUGAGAAGAUGGUGGAGGACUGUGAGCUGCGCCUGCUGGAGCUACAGUACUUCAUCUCCAGAGACUGGAAACUGGACCCCCUUAUGUACAAGAAGUGCCAGAACGACGCGGCGAGGAUCUGCCACACUCACGGCUGGAACGAGACGAGCGAGUCGAUGCCCCCCGGCGCCGUCUUCUCCUGCCUGUACCGCCACGCCUACCGCACCGAGGAGCAGGGCCGACGGCUGUCGCGGGAUUGUCGUACAGAGGUGCAGAGGAUCCUGCACCAGAGGGCUAUGGACGUGAAGCUGGACCCUGACCUGCAGAGACGCUGCUUGACCGACCUCGGCAAAUGGUGCAGCGAGAGGACCGAGGCUGGACAGGAGCUGGUGUGUCUGCAGGAUCAUCUGGAUGAUUUGGGCCCAGACUGUAAGGAUGUGGUGGGCAACCUGACAGAACUGGAGUCUGAGGACAUUCAGAUUGAUGCUCUGCUGAUCCGUGCUUGUGAGCCUGUGAUCCAGACCCAUUGCCACGAUGUGGCGGAUAACCAGAUUGAGACGGGGGACCUGAUGGAGUGCCUGGUGCUCAAUAAGCACCAGAAGGAAAUGAACGAGAAGUGCACUGUGGGGGUCACUCACUUCCAGCUGAUCCAGAUGAAGGACUUUCGCUUUUCCUACAAGUUCAAGAUGGCCUGCAAGGAGGACGUACUCAAGCUCUGCCCUAACAUCAAGAAGAAGGUGGAUGUGGUGAUCUGUCUGAGUACCACAGUGAGGAACGACACACUGCAGGAUGUGAAGGACCAGCGUGUGUCUGUGAAGUGCCGCAGGCAGCUCAAGGUGGAGGAGCUGGAGAUGUCAGAAGACAUUCGUCUGGAGCCGGACCUGUUUGACAACUGCAAGAACGACAUCAGGAAGAUGUGUCAGAACGUGCCCUACGGGAAUGCUCAGGUGAUUGAGUGUCUGAAGGAGAAUAAGAAGCAGCUGUCCCAGCGGUGCCAUCAGAAGGUGUUCAAGCUGCAGGAGACGGAGAUGAUGGACCCUGAACUGGAUUUUCAACUCAUGAGAGUCUGCAAGCAGAUGAUCCGGAGGUUCUGUGCGGAGGCGGACGCUAAGAACAUGCUGCAGUGCCUGAUCCAGAACAAGAACGGCGAGAUGAUGGAUCCCAAGUGCAAACAGAUGAUCACCAAGCGCCAGAUCACCCAGAACACAGAUUACCGGCUGAACCCUGUGCUGAGGAAGGCCUGUAAAGCGGACAUUCCCAAGUUCUGCCAGAACAUCCUGACCAAAGCCAAAGACGACAAUGAGCUGGAGGGACAGGUCAUCUCCUGCCUCAAACUGAAAUACGCAGAUCAGCGUCUGUCCUCUGACUGUGAGGACCAGAUCAGGGUGAUCCUGCAGGAGUCGGCUCUGGACUUCAGACUGGACCCUCAGCUUCAGCUCCAGUGCACUGACGAGAUCUCGCGGCUCUGUGCGGAGGAGGUGGCGGCCCAGGAGCAGACGGGUCAGGUGGAGGAGUGCCUGAAGAGCAACCUGCUGAAAAUCAAACACGACGGCUGCAAAAAGGAGGUGUUGAACAUCCUGAAGGAGAGCAAGGCCGACAUCUUUGUGGACCCCGUGCUGCACACGGCCUGCGCGCUGGACAUCAAACACCAGUGCGCGUCCAUCCCGCCAGGCAGAGGGCGCCAGAUGUCGUGUCUAAUGGAGGCGCUGCAGGAUAAGCGAGUGCGUCUACAGCCGGAGUGCAAGAAGAGACUGCAGGAUCGCAUCGAUAUGUGGAGCUAUGCUGCCAAGGCGGCUCCGGCGGAGGGCUUCGCUGAUCUGGCGGGCGAGGUGUUGACCUCCCCAGCCAAGAACUACCUCCUGUCCAUGCUGGGCAUGGCCGUCACCCUGCUCUUCCUCAUGGGGCUGCUGUGCGGCCGCAUCACCAAGCGCAUCACCCAGCAGCUCAAGGACAGGUAGAGGGCAGCCCAGUCCUGAGCACCUCCACCCCCCGCCCCCCCACGCCCUAACCCCCUCCUCCACAGCUGCGCUCCCCUCAAUACCCCCCCCUCCCUCCAUCCUCCCCCCUGCCCUCUCCUCACACCCUCAGCUGGCCCAUCCAUGCCCAGGACCCCCCCCCCCCCCCCCCAUCCCAGGCUCCUCCCUGGCUCUGGUGGGUGUGUGGGGGAGGAGGGGAGGGCCAGGGGAGGAGGUGGAGGAGGUGGAGGAGGCAGAGACUGCUGUGCUGGUGAUGUGUGACUGGGGGACCGUACUGGACCCAGAGGACACCUGCUCCCUACUUCCCACCCGGCACCACCUGGAUCUGCCACACCGAGGAGGAGAGACACACCUGCCCGCACCCCCCCAUCCCCUCCGAAAGAACUGACUGACUGUCCACCUCUCCCUCCCCUGCCGCCCCUUUCUCUCUUUCUCUCUUUCUCUUUUCUUCUGUCUGAAUGUCUUGUCUUUCUCCAUCUCUGCGUUUUCUGUGUUAAGGAGGUGAUUAUUUAUUUCCAUAAACAGUCAUGACUCUUCAACACGCUGCAGAUACACUACAGAAAUACUGUUACACUACAGAUGCACCCUAAUACACUCCAGCACACUACUGAUGUACUCCUAUACUGCAGAUACGCUACAGAUGCACCCUAAUACACUCCAAACUCACUCCAGCACACUACUGAUGUGUUCCUAUACUGCAGAUACGCUACAGAUGCACCCUAAUACACUCCAAACUCACUCCAGCACACUACUGAUGUACUCCUAUACUGCAGAUACACUACAGAUGCACCCUAAUACACUCCAAACUCACUCCAGCACACUACUGAUGUGUUCCUAUACUGCAGAUACGCUACAGAUGCACCCUAAUACACUCCAAACUCACUCCAGCACACUACUGAUGUGUUCCUAUACUGCAGAUACGCUACAGAUGCACCCUAAUACACUCCAAACUCACUCCAGCACACUACUGAUGUGUUCCUAUACUGCAGAUACGCUACAGAUGCACCCUAAUACACUCCAAACUCACUCCAGCACACUACUGAUGCACUCAUAUCUCUACACUGCAUAUCCACUCCACUACUGCACUACUGAUACAAGACUGACACUCAGCCACUCUACCUGCCCUUCAUGUUAUUUAUGUAUCUUAUGCUUCCUGUCCCCCAGCUUCCUCACCUGUACUGGCUUUUUCCUGCUGCUUUACCUUUCGCCAUUUUUCUUCUUUAUCGAUUAUUUUGCAGAGGGUUUUUAUAUAAGUUGUUUAGAUUUUAUGAUUUUGGGAUAUGCAACUUCAGAAGAAAUCGUGCUGUUUGUUGUUUUGGAAAGGCUGCAUGGCCAAGUGUGUGUGUGUGUGUGUGUGUUUGUGUGUGAUGUGCGUGUGUGUGUGUGUGUGUGUGUGUGCGCACGUGUGUGUGCACGUGUGUGUGUGCGCCUGUUUAUGUAUGCGUAGGAGGAAUGGCUUGGUUUGUUUGCCUAAAUGACCUUUCCAUGAAUUGUGUGUGUGUGCUUGAGUGCCGGUUCGAGGUAAACUGUGGUGGUCGUUGGCUCGUCUUAUGAGACGCUAAUCUCAUGAGUUGCCCUGAAACUGCUGACUUGAGGAGAGGAGUGUUGGUGUUGUCUCUUUGCCGUCUGUGAGCCGUAAGCCGCCACUGGAGUCCCUGCAGUUUCCCACUGGAGGGGCAGCUGGGGCCAUCCCCACCGCGUGUCACUUCCUGUCACAGUGACCAGAACAACUACAACCUUACCAGAACGUCUACAAACGAUGACGGUGAUGAUGUGUUGAUUUUAUAUUUGACUGAUGUUUUUGUUUGUUUGUUUUUAAGUCCGCAAAGUCUCAGAUCCGCACAUGCAGUGGUCUGUGUGUGUGUGCGCUCUAAGAAUAAUAUAUACAACUGUUACAGUAUUGUUAAUAAUGAUAGUUAUAAAUAUCUUCCAAAGCGGCUAGACGUGUCGAGAUAUGGAUGCACUCAGGCCUGUUGUGUAAGGCACUGGAGUUCCGUAACCUUCCGUAGUCCGGCGCAGGAUGGGUACGACUUUUAGGCACUGGGCAAUGCAGGUGAAGUUAACAGGGUACCAUGGGCAGCUUCUGGAUUUAUCCCACAUCAUGGCCACACGUGCGUUGACCUUAUGCCAUAGUUUCAUAAGAUACGCGUACGGCCGCUCACAUAGAGCUCCUGGAACCUUUUAGACGGCCGCUGCGUGGUUGCCAUGGUUACUUGACCGUGAACCGAGACCACCCACAGCCCAUGUUCCUGUGUCUCGAUUUUUCGGCUUGUUAUGGUUCUCUGGAUGGUCUUCUGCUGACCAGAGUUGCACUGUGCAUGGGUGUCACAUUAGUAUUUAAGACAUCAACUCAUUGCACAAAACUGAAGUGAAUUCUCCAUUUCCUAGUAUUUAACUGCACAAUUCAUUCUCCUUAUUUGGUAGGGGUUAGUCCUAGCCUUAUUUAUUCUGAAUAGAAUGGCUGGUUUGAGAUUUUUUUUUUGGGGGGGGGACGGUUGAUUCAUUGAGAUUGUUCAUGGUUGAACUAAGUUUGAGUUGACAUUGAAUUGCUUUGGGGUUGAGAUGUUCUGGACUGAUUUUGAAUGUUGUCGUGAUGCCCUCUGGAUCUACCAGCUGACUGCUCGGGCUCUGCCCUUAGUCAGCCGUGUGAGGUUGAGUUGUGGAGAGACUGUGGCAGUGUGCAGAGGAACAGGAAACCACGAAGGCAGCAAAUAAGGACUAAGCUAUGGCCUCUCUUGUGUGUUCACAAUGCAGUUUGUUGGACUUGUACUAUGGUUUGUGCAUAGCCUUCGCAAAACACAGAGAUCUCUCUGAUCUGCCUCAACUCAUAGGCUACCACAGGGGGGCGCUCUCAUAGAUCCCAAGCCUGUCUCUCAGACUAUCUGCUCACCUGUGGUCCAGGACGUCUCAUUUCCACCCUGGUGUUGACCCGCACCCCAUCUCCCCCGUCUGUGUGUGUGCCUGCUGUAUUCCCCUCCAAAGCCUUGUUUUCCCCCCUCACACCACUCCAGCCCGCCCCAUUGCCACUGUCCCAGGGUCCUAUUCGCUGUUGUGGUAUGUUGACCAUUACUGCAACCAAUCAGCUGUCUUCUCUGAGUGCCCUGUUCCUAACCCCCGCACACUUGUGCUGAAUUGGCCUUGUCAUUUGUCUGGAACACGUACUUUUACUGUACAGAGCAUAAAGUGGACCUUGCAAAUUUAUAUUUCAGACAUUUAAAUGUGCUUUCUGACUCCUGCUUGACGUCACGAGAGGGAGGGAAGCCUUUGUAAAUAGCUAUAAACAUUUGCAUUAGGAGAAAUAAAAUGAGUGGAAACCUAUUAAAGCGCCCCAAACGUCCAGGUGUCGUGGCAAGUCAAGGAUCCUCCUUACUGGGAAGAAAGCGUUGAUUCAUGCUCAGCAUUUGGCAUUGUGUGGAUAUCUUGUUUUAAACUCGGUACUUUACAAGAGAGAGCAGAAAAGUCAACGUGGCCUAUCUUGUGCAUGAGUGAAUCGUUUCCUUCGCCAAACCCAAAGGUUUCGGACCUUGCUCUGUUUAACGCUCUGGCUUUUGUUGGGUGUUUGUGCGUUUUUCUAUGCAUUUGUUAUCAACGUUAUCUGAAACCUCUCUCGCUCCCCCCUCCCAUGGGCCUCAGUGCCUUGUGAAUGCCCCAGUGGAGUGAGGGGGGGGGGGGGGGGGGGGGCGUGACUCCCAGCCCCCGCCUGCUUCAGCUCUCUGCUGAUGUCAGCUUCUCAAGCUCCACACCAGACAAACAGGUACAUUACUCACACUGUACAAAAACAUGGUCAACUGGAAGUUUUCCGAUCCUAAUUUUUCUUGGUCAUUUUCUGGACAAAAACGGCUGUCUCACUCGCUUACAUGUACAGUUGCAGGUGUGGAAAAGGCUUUUUUUUAUUUUAAAACCGUCUGUGUACUGUACGUACAAAGUGAGAGUUCCUUGAAGUCCAGCUGAAAUAUAUAAAAUGACUUUACUGAUCAAGUGGUAAAUGGUUCUAAAACAUUUGUUUUUGUAUUUUUAUUUUUACCUUUUUCUUUCUCUCAAAGAUGAUGAUGCCAUGUACUAUUGAGAUGUAACAGAAUAACAUUGUGCAUUUCUUUGUUCUUGUAUUUUUUUUUCUGUACAGGUCAAAUUGAAAAGUUGUUAAUAAAAUCAGUCUACUGCUUUUUA